AUGUCGACUUUAUUGUGCUGUGGAUCCUUGGAUGAAUCCGUUGUUGGAUUCGUCGAUUCUCAAGGCUGGGCCGUCAAAACUAUCAAAGUUCUGGGCCAAAAAUUCCGAGCUCCAAAGCCAGCUGUCCUCGACUUCUUGAAGGCCAACCGAAUCCUUGUUCAAUUCGUCAAGGUCGGUUCAAUGGAUUAUUUGUCGUUGAUGGACGUUCUGGAAGAGUUGAUGAAGCCAGACGGCCGAAUUGACUACGCCAUCAACAACAUGGGAAAUGACUUUUGGGGACCGGACUCACUCUUCAACGUCAUUCACGCCAAGACUACAAUGGCUCAAGAUCAGUUGGUCAACUACUCCUUCCUCUACUCUCGGACGUUGGCCGAGUUCACCGAGACUCCAGUCUACAUUCUAAGCCCGGGAAAAGAAUUUGGAAUCCAAUCGGUCCAUUCAGCGUUCCACGAUGCCUUGAAGUCAGUGGAAGUUGUCUUGAAGAGCAUGGAAUUCGAUGUGAAGUUGGUCACGUGUUCUAGAUGCUCCUCGACGAAGAACGAGCUAAUGUUAGAGAGCAUGGGAGAGAUUGAGGUCGAUAAUGGACAAUUCAAUGAGAUGUUGAGCAUUAACAAUGGCCAGUUCAAUGAGAUGCUCAGUGUGAACAACGAGCAGUUCAAUGAGAUGUUGAGCAUCAACAAUGGCCAAUUCAAUGAGAUGUUGAGCAUCAACAACGGCCAAUUCAACGAGAUGAAAUCGCAGAAUCAAAUCCGAGCCCAUCUUUAA